CCAAUGCCUCCCCAUAAAAUGAUGUCAGAUGUUUUCCCCGAGCUCUCUGCUGUGCGCGACGCUAUCUCGAAGGAUCAGCCUUUCUGCACCGGAACCUACUCAUUGACUGACAACUCUGGUCGUCUCUUCUUUCUCUCUAGCGACGGAACUACACAUUGUGUGGACCUCGCCAACGCGAAUGAUCCUAAAAUCCACACACUUAUCGCAGCUUGCGAGCGCGCUUCUUUUGGCCUGGACAACAAAGACGUUUCAGAUGAAACGUAUCGCAAAGCUUGGGAGGUGGAUAGCUCGAGAAUCUCGACGCGUUUCGACAUUGUCAAUACGGGAAUCUUAGAUCACGUUUAUGCUAAGCUCUUGCCGGGAUGUCCGGACAAAAUUCGACCGGAGUUAGAGAAAGUGAACGUUUACGGUCCUGGAUCGUUCUCCAAAGCACACAAGGGCACUCCUCGCAGUGAGGGCAGCUUCAGCUCACUUGUUGUUGUUUUCCCUAUCCCUCAUGAAAGCGGAGCCCUGCAGCUCCGUCACAAGGGCAAUGAGUGGACCUUCGAUUCCGCAGCUAUAAUUUCCGCUAUGGAAACCCCUUCAAUUGCAUACAUCGCAUUUCACAAAGACGUCGAGCAAGAAGUCAAUAUGGUCACUUCAGGUUUCCGCGUCACCCUCACCUAUAACCUUUUUGGGGACGACUCCAUGCGGGAACCGUCUCAUCUGUCAACGAAGGAAGACGAAAUGGCCCUCCGCGCGUCUCUCACUGCCCUUUGUGAAAAUCCUGAUGUACUGCCAGAUGGCGGUUAUCUCGGUUUUGGCCUCGAGUUCAUGUAUCCGAUUGCCUCAGGGAGACCUUGUUUCGAAAGUAUAAGGGAGGUCCUCAAAGGCAAUGACGGCCUAAUCGAACGCGUUUUGUAUCAACUAGGUCUCAGACCCCAGCUGAAAAUCAUAUACGAAGUUGAGGUGAUCCGCGAGAAAGCAGGCCGUUCCUUCAGAACUCCCAUUCAGGUCAUGUUGAGAGACCUUGAAAAAUUCCCGAAUUGGGCGAUCAAAGAAAAUCUCGUGGUCGAUUUGGUCUCGGAAAAGGUGGGUGGCAGGGUGGUUUGUAACGCUGAUGAUGAGGACAUUGAUGGAAAUCUGGAUUGGCAUGGCUUUGACUCAACCAAGAUACUGUGGAUCACACCACAUACGAAGCUCUCUUGCAUCAAAUCCGCAUACGUUCCCGCCGCGUUUGGGAAUGAGCCAUCGCUCGGCUACACUUAUGGCAACCUCUGCCUCGUGGGGACGAGACCAAUGUCGAAGGAAGAUAAACCGAUAGGUCCGAAGGGGGUGUCUCAACGUCUAGUGGCGAAGAGGCGUUAGACACGAAUGAGGGUCUUGUUUGAAGUCGAAAUACUCAAUCUGACGCUUUGAAUGACCAUGCACCACGCAAUAGAUAAGAAACUUCUACAAUGAC